UGGUAUUUGAAUGAAGAAUGUGCUGUGUUUUCAUUAUUUGAUGACCGAGUUGACUACAAUACUAAACAUCGAAUGGCAAAUAAAAUUUUGCAAGGAUACGAAGAAAAUAUAAACGAAGAAGAAAAUGAAGGUUCAAAUAAAAAAAUUAACGUACAAUUUGAUGAUGUAUCAAAUUUUGUUAAUCAAGAUCUUCCAUUUGCCUUGCUUAAUAAUAAAUCAUGGAAAUUAUUUCAACGAUUUAAAAUAUCUUUUAACUUUUUACGAGAAGAUCCAAGCACAUGGAAAGCCUUGGAUGAGUAUAUACAAGCUAAAGAAAUAUUAUCUGCACUAAAAGUCGUUAACGAUACAGCUGAACGUGGGAUAAAAUUGAUGGAGGAAUAUAAUGAAAAAUUCACUAAAAAUGAAGAUCAAAAACAAUUUAUUUUACAAGUUGUUCAAGAAUAUCGCCAACAAUAUCCAGGGUUUAGCCGUGAGAUUUUAAAGAAAACUUAUGCCUAUUAAUAAUACAUCAUUAAUAUUAUUUUUUAAUAUUUAAUGAAUA